ACAAUCCUGUGACUCUUCUGGUUCUACCUGCUGUCUGUCGGAAGGAGAAGAAGCAAGAAGUGUAAAUGGAGCCCAAAAAGAAGCUGAUAAACUCGGUGGACAGCUGUGUGGACGAGGCCCUCUGUGGGCUGGUGAGGGCCAGUGGGAGCCUCUCUCUGCUGAAGGGCCACAGGGUCCUGCUGCGCUCCGACCUGGACCAGCUGAGGGGCAAAGUGGGCCUGGUGUCUGGAGGGGGGUCGGGGCACGAGCCGGCUCACGGGGGUUUUAUUGGAGCAGGAAUGCUGUCAGCAGCUGUAGCAGGUGGAGUUUUUGCUUCUCCGCCUCCUGCCAGCAUCCUGGCUGCCAUUCUCUGCUUGCACGAUGCAGGAGCGUCUGGAGUCCUCCUCAUCGUCAAGAACUACACCGGCGACCGCCUCAACUUCGGCCUGGCUGCCGAGCAGGCCCGUAACCACGGCGUCGCCGUGGACAUGGUGAUCGUUGCCGAGGACUGCGCCUUCGACCGGCCCAGUAAGGCCGGCAGGAGAGGGCUGUGUGGCACCGUCUUCAUACACAAGCUGGCAGGAGCCUUGGCAGAGGAAGGCUGCUCAUUGGACCAGAUCGUUUCCAAGGUGACGGAGGUUUUAAAGGGGAUCGGGACCCUGGGGGUGAGUCUGUCCCCCUGCAGCGUCCCAGGCUGCCUGCCGUCCUUCGACCUGCCGCCAGGAGACAUGGAGCUGGGACUGGGGAUCCACGGUGAACCUGGAAUCAAAAGGUCAAAGGUGGCGUCUGCAGACGAGGUGGUGAAGAUGAUGAUCGAUCACAUGACCAACCCUGACAGCCAAUCACAUCUUCCUCUUAAACCAGGAGACAGUGUGGUCGUGUGUGUGAACAACCUCGGCGCUCUGUCGUGUCUUGAGAUCGCCGUGGUGACGAGAGCCGCCAUCGUCUGUCUGGAGGGGGGAGGUGUGGUGGUUUCCAGGGUGAUGGCGGGGUCGUUCAUGACAUCACUGGAGAUGGCGGGCGUGUCUCUGACUCUGAUGAAGGCCGACCAGGAAACACUCAGACUGUUUGACGCUGAGACCAGCGCCCCCUCCUGGCCCAACCUCAGCAGGACGUGUGUCAGCGGACGCAGCUACCUGACGGAGCCUCAGACGGCGAGCACUCGGCCACAGGACGCCACUCACUCUGAAGGGCCUCUGAGUCCUGUGCUGCGUAGCGUGUUGUUGAGGGUUUGUUCCACGCUGCUGCAGCAGCAGGACGAGCUGAACGCUCUGGACCGCGCCGCCGGAGACGGAGACUGUGGCAACACGCACGCUCAGGCUGCUAAAGCCGUCCAGGACUGGCUCAAGGACCACGGGGUCCCCGGUUGCCCCGGGCAACUGCUGUCGGUCCUCGCCGCUCUGCUGCAGGAGAAGAUGGGCGGGUCUUCAGGAGCGCUGUACAGUCUGUUCCUGACGGCGGCGGCGGGUCAUGUGACUGAGGGGCGGAGCAACGCCGCAGCCUGGGCUGCUGCAGUGCAUGCUGGGACGCAGGCCAUGAGAAGAUACGGAGGAGCUGAGCCUGGAGACAGAACCAUGCUGGACGCUCUGUGUCCUGCUGCUGAGGAGCUGAUGAAGCUGACAGCAGCUCCUCCUGGUGGCCACAUGGACGUACUGCAGGCUGCUGUACAGAAAGCGUCCUCGGGGGCGGAGUCGACCCGUGACCUCACAGCGAGGGCGGGGCGAGCCAGCUACAUCGCGGCUGAGCGCCUCACGCUGCCCGACCCCGGCGCCGUCGCCGUGGCCGCCAUCCUGAGGGCCGUGCUGGAGUCACUGCAGGGCCAGGAGUAACCAGCACAUUAUUAUUAUUAUUAUUAUUACUACUACUACUAGAACACUGUUAGGCCUCAGUAGCAAAGAAAAAAAACUGUUAUUUUGGCUUUUUUAAAACACAUUUGAAGGUUUUGCAAGCAAAUAUUCAUACCACAUUUGCAGUGAAUGACCAGAAAAUGUAUCUAAAAGUUGACAAAGUUUUGAAAAAUAAUCAGCAGUGAUUUAAAGUAAACACAGGGUUUAGAAAAGGGUUAAAAAAAUGAAAUAAAUACUAGUAUGGUCCUUUAAAUUUCAUGAACAAGCUCAGAAAUACUGUAAAUCUAUGGAAUGCUAUUUAAGUCAAUCAUAGAAUUAUAUAAAAUAAAGAAAAAAUGCAUAUAUAUAUAUAUG